AUGGAAAUCCGUCAAUGCUGUCCCCAAGUAUUUGAGCAUCUCGAAGUCUUCGUCGAUGGUGGGAUCCGUCGCGGGACUGAUAUUUUUAAAGCUAUCUGCUUGGGAGCUAAAGCCGUAGGUAUGGGAAGGCAGUUCUUGUACAGCCUCACAUAUGGACAAGAAGGUGUGGAGCGUUUAAUUGAGAUCAUGAAAGACGAACUGGAGACCACAAUGAAGCUGUUGGGCAUUACAGACCUCUCGCAGACACAUCCCGGGCUCCUUAACACUCUUGAUGUGGAUCAUUUGAUUCCAAAAAGACUUGGGGAAUCGUACAGCGGGCCGGUAGUCAAGGCGAGAUUGUGA